AUGGAUAGAAUGCCCAAAACAACCAAACAGAUCUUCAUAUUAUCAGGUCAAAGCAACAUGGCCGGUCGCGGCGGUGUUUACAAAGACCACCACCACCACAAUCACCAGUACUGGGACAAGGUAGUCCCACCAGAAUGCCAACCAAAUCAAGACAUCCUCCGUCUAUCAGUAAAACUCCAAUGGGAACAAGCACAGGAACCACUCCAUGCUGACAUCGACUCAAAAAAGGUCUGUGGGGUUGGUCCCGGCAUGUCAUUUGCUAACAUGGUGCGGGAAAAGAUGGGGGCGGUGGUUGGGUUGGUGCCGUGUGCGGUGGGUGCCACGGCCAUCAAACAGUGGGCGCGUGGAGAGUUGUUGUAUGAGAAUAUGGUGAGAAGAGCUAAAGAGAGCGUCGAAGAUGGUGGGGAAAUCAAGGGGUUGCUGUGGUACCAAGGUGAGAGUGACACGUCUCAUAUUCAUGAUGCUGAUGUUUACCAGGGGAACAUUGAGAAGCUUAUUAAGAACGUUAGAGAGGAUCUUGGUCUGCCUUCACUCCCAAUUAUUAUGGUAGCAAUUAUAUCGGGAGAUGGUAAGUAUGAGGAAAAGGUGAGAGAAGCACAACUGAGGAUUAAUCUACCAAAUGUGGUAUGCGUGGAUGCCAAGGGAUUAGGUCUCCAAGAGGAUCGUCUUCACUUAACAACUGAAGCUCAGGUUAAGUUGGGCCAUCUGUUGGCAGAUGCUUACCUUAACAAUUUUGCAUCAUCAUGGAAACGUUUCUUUUCUUGUCUGCUUUGCUUAGCUUAA